AUGGGCGCCAGGCUCCGGUUCCUUGAAAAGUAUAUCCUGGAAAGGUCUGAUAAAGGUGUAAAUGUGUCAAACAGCUUGAAGGAUUCUUGUCCAGGGUGUGACCAGGGAUCUCUGUGCCCAGGGAUCUUUGGGCAGUGCCUGGAGGACACCGUCCACCACGAGUGCAAGUAUGGCCCAAGCCUGGUGCCCCUGCUGGUGGAGCAGUGCGUGGACUUCAUCCGGGAGCGCGGGCUCACCGAGGAGGGCCUCUUCCGCAUGCCUGGCCAGGCCAACCUGUUGAGGGACCUGCAGGAUUCCUUUGAUUGUGGGGAGAAGCCCCUGUUCGACAGGAGGACCUACCCCCCAGGCUCCUUUGGUGCCAACUUGGAGCUGCAGCAGUUCCAGCCCCACAUCCUUGCAGGUUUUGGGUGGGGCUGGGGGAGCAAGUUUCCUCCACCAGUCUUGGGCCAGUGCCCAUCCCAGUCCAUUACUGGGGCUUAUCUGGUCCUGGGCUUGACCCUGGGAUACAGCCAGAGUCACUUAGAGCCCGGGAAUAAGAACGCCUACGACAACGUGCCCCCAGCCAGCCUCUUCCCCAGCACGUCCAGCGGGGCCAGCACGCCGUGGUCUGGGGCCUCCUCCUGCGAGGCCUCGGCCAGGGGCUCGGUCAGCAGCUGCACGGCCUGCCGGGCCAGCGACUCCUCCGCCUGCAGCUCCCUGCACGCCGAGGGGGCCCUGGAGCCCUCCCCCGCCCCCAGCAGCAGUGAGGAGUGCAGACCCCUGGGCCCGGAGCGCGGCCUGGAUGGGGUGGGCACCUGCAUCAGCAGCAGCGAGCCCAGUGAGCCGGGCAGCCCAGCCCGGGAGCACGCCCGCCGCUCCGAGGCUCUCCAGGGCCUGGUCGCAGAGCUCAGGGCACAGCUGUGCCGGCAGAGGACUGAGUACGAGGCGAGUGUGCAAAGACUCAGAGAAGGUAGUGCCGACCUGAGGAAAUGAAUAUCAUGGCUAGAAGAAGAGCUGGACCAGGAGAAGAAGAAGUACACGAUGCUGGAAAUAAAGCUGCGGAACUUGGAGCGGGCGCGGGAGGACGUGGAGAAGAGGAACCAACUGCUGCGGAAGGAAAUGGAGGAGUUUUCAACCCUGGGAAACCUGACUAUUGGGGCCAAAGUGCCAGAGCCCCAGAGUAAAGGAAUGGGGGGAACUCGCUUCGUGCCUCGUGGCGCACCCUCCCGUCGGCAGGGAGGAGGAGCCAGAGCCUCUGCAGCUGGGACCUGGGCCUCUGUGGCGCCCAGAGAUGCAGAGCUGGCUGGAGAGGGAAGUCCUGACACACACCACCGCACCCCUGGGAUGCUGGGGGGCACUGUCGGGAGCCCGAGCCCCACACGGGUUCUGGAUGCAGCUCUGACCAUGCAGGCUGGGGCAGGCAUCAGAGGGGACAGUCCUGUGGCCACUGAAACAGAUGACACCCAGGAUCCAAGCAGCCCCCUGGAAACAUUUUGCAUUUGUUAAAUCUGCUCUGAAAGC